CCACUGAUAGCAUUUAAUUUGAAGGGUUGCGGUGGGCGAGACUCUGUUUCCAGUCUCGAGCCACCAUGGGGCGCCCAUCCCAAGGGGAACUCAGAGCGGUCGCUCAACACUCUGCCCGUCGCCCCACAACACUCUCUCUUCUUCAACACGCAUCAAAAUGGGCAAGGUCCACGGUUCCCUCGCCCGUGCCGGUAAGGUGCGCGGCCAGACCCCCAAGGUCCCCAAGCAGGAGAAGAAGAAGCGCCCGCGGGGCCGUGCCAUGAAGCGCAUGAAGUACAACCGCCGCUUCGUCAACGUCGUGGUGGGCUUCGGCAAGAAGCGCGGUCCCAACUCCAACCCCGCCUAAGCGGACGCGGCCAGUUGUAGAGGCGACACUCUGGCGUAUCGGCGUGGCAGCUAUGGGCUCUACAGGACUUAUUAGCGCCUUGUCGUGGAGUUCAGAGUAGCCCUGCAGCCGCUGCAUCGGCGGCGGUUCUGGCCUCGCGGGGCGCACAGCAGAGCAGGAGCGGCGUAGCAUUUGGAGAUUGCGGGGAGCGACAAGCAGGAGCUUUAGUCGUGGUGAAGAGGGCCUGACAGUUCUGGAGGCUCGGAUGUCGGAGCCCAACCUCGCUGGUGGGUGCCGCGAGGCCCCGCAGCGCAGACAGUGGACCAGGUUCCUAUGGUAUCCGUUGGCUGUAACGGCAGUUGCGGAGCU